AUGGUUUUAUGGCAUAAGAACGCCCACGUCUUUAAUAAUGAUUUCAAUACUGUAUCAUUAGCGUUCUUCAAUAGGUACCCUAAUCCCUAUGCAUCACACGUUUUAUCAAUCGACACUCUUUCUAGGGAAUUGGAUAAUGAUGGUAAGCUGCACACGACAAGAUUGAUUAAAAAAGCAGGCAAACUUCCAAGAUGGGUUAAGCCAUUUUUAGGUAGAAUUUCAGAGUCAUGGAUCAUCGAAUUUUCUAUAGUUGAUCCAAGACAAUCGACAAUGAGGACUUAUACCAGGAAUUUAGAUCAUACCAAGAUAAUCCAGGUGGAGGAAUAUACUACUUAUGAACAAGCUAAACAAAAUGUCAGGAGUACUUCGUGUGCAAGUCAAGUUAAAUUCUCGAGUGGAUUCAACGUGGGAAUCCGCAGCAAGAUUGAGGAUUGGUCAAGGUCAAGAUUUGAUGAAAAUAUUAAAAAAAGUAGAUUGGGUAUGGUUUUCGUAAUGCAGGAGUUAGAAAAAAGAAGUUCAUUGCUUUGA